GGCAUGCGACGGGAACGAGGACAGCGAAGAACCAGAGGGCGAGAAAUCCUCUCGAUCAUCUUCGGAUUCUGCCUCGGGGCAACCGUUCUCUGGUGCUUUGGUUCACGGAGAUCUCGUUUCAUCGGGAAAUUAGGCCGCGAUCCGUCGGAGAGAAAUGCCGACAGCCGGAAUCGCGGAGGCUGAUUUGCUCCUUUGCCCGCUUCUUCUGGAACCUUUGUGAAUUUUGAGAGGUUUCGCGUUUUCGUUCCUGGAUUUUAUUCAUCAGGUUUUCCAUACGGGGUCUUGUUGCUCGACGUGGAGAAUUCGCUCGGAUUCAUCGGGAGCGACGGAGCAGUGGAACUUUUUCUGAAGUUUGCUUAAGCAUUGAAGUUGCAUGAAUUCGGUUGCUUGAUGGGAAGAGGGUCUCGUGAGGUAUUCGCUUCUACGUUGUUGUCUAUCGGAAGGGAUUAGGAAUAUAUGGGGAUCUUGUCAUUUGGAGGCGUUGGGGAAAUGAUGAGCAUGGAUUGUACGUAGAUGAAACUUCGAGCAGAUCUCUUCAGCUUUAACGGCUGGUGGUUGGUGUGGCAAGCGUGGAUUCCCGUUGAAUUGGCCUUGCACGUAAUGAAGGGUGUUACCUUGGUUAAUUGGUGGAUUUACGAGAAGGUGGUCGACGCGGAACGACGCGCUUCUUCCUCCUUCGAUUUGUUGAAUUUUGGAUUGUUUGGCUAUUCUCCUCUGGGGGCCGUUGUUUUUUCGGAGAGUUGAUGAUAUUGGAUUCUGUAAGUUUUGUGUGAAAAAUUGUUUAUUUCUUGGUGCCUUGGAGUUUCAAUAUGCAAGACCUUCGUGUUGUGGAUUGAUGUCAAGCUCAAGCUUUGCAGCAUGUUGGAAUAAUCGCGUUGUAGCCUUAGCAUUAUAAGGAUUAAUAUAGUUGCUUGUCGUUGUCAAGAAUUUCCAAAGGGUAUCCUCUGUGAACUUCCAGUUAUAUGGUGAUUGGCCGUCAAUAUUGGAGGUAAUUUGUUUGCAUGUGCUAUCGUGUAAGUUAAGUUUUCAAGGUGUGAAGUACCUGAUCAGGAAAAAAGUAGAUAAUACUUUUUUAGUUUUUUUCCUUUUUUUUGGGGACUUUGAAAAUUAAUCGUUGCUUCGACUCUUAGAUCUUUUCUCUUCCUCUCCAAUUCAACGGGUGUAUCUAGUGCACUAUUGGGAAAGGGAAAUAGACUCAUGUUUUGGCCAAUGAAUGGUUCAGAAUGAGCGGGACUGGAAAGGUUUCCUGUAGAUGGAAACGCCUGAUAAGAGGUUCUCCGAGUUGGUUGGUCUGGUGAAGUCAUGGAUCCCUCGGAGGACCGAGCCACCAAAUGUGUCAAGGGACUUUUGGAUGCCUGAUCAGAGCUGUAGGGUUUGUUAUGAAUGUGAUUCUCAGUUCACCAUAUUCAACCGGAGGCACCAUUGUCGCAGUUGUGGGCGAGUUUUCUGUGCUAAGUGCACUUCAAACUCCAUACCUGUAUCACCAGAUGAUCCAAAGAAUAGCCGAGAAGAAGGUGAAAGGAUUCGAGUCUGUAAUUAUUGUUUCGAGCAAUGGACAAAGGAAAUAGCAUCUGCUGAUAAUGGGAUCCUUCAGAUAUCCAGUCCAGGUCUUAGCCCUUCUCCAUCGAGUGCGAGUUUGGCAAGUAGCAAGUGUAGCGGUCACAGCAGUAGUACUGUCAAUUCAAUGCCUUACCGUAUGGGGCCUUACCAAUGUGUCACUCAUGGCACUGGACGUAGUCCUCGACAAUCUACAAGAACAGAAUUUGUUUCUGACAAACAAGAUUUGCUCUCCCUUGGAAGGAAUGGUGACGCUGUUCUUGAUAUAGGAGAGACAUCGCCAACUCAGUCUGAGUUCUUUAUCAACAGGAGAUACGAUGAUGACGAGGAUGACGAUGAGGAUGACAAUGACUAUUCUAAAUAUCAAAUGGGUUCUGAAAGGAAGCAUUUUCAGCAGUCGGAUGAGUAUUUUGGCCCAGUUCCUUUUGAUGACAUUGACCAUGGUUAUACAUCUCCAAAAGUGCUUUCUGCCGAUUAUAUCAAUGUUGAUUCCAGAGAACAGCAACAUUUUGGUGAGGAUGACAAAGUCAGCCAGAUAGACCAAGUUAUAAGCAUCAACAAUGAUGAUCCAAUGUCUAUGAACAUUCCAGAUGAGAACUCGUUGGAUUCUGCAAGACCGGGGCAACAUGCAGAUGAGGGGGAGGGGCAUGAUAAUGAGUGCGAUUCUGCACAAUCAAUAUAUGGAACAGAGAGCGUUGAUGCUGAACCUGUUGAUUUCGAGAACAAUUUUUUAUUGUGGUUUCCUCCUGAUCCAGAAGAUGAAGAGGAUGAAAGAGAAGCCAUCAUAUUUGAUGAUGAUGACGAUGAUGAUGCAUUAGCUGAGUGGGGAAACUUUCACUCUUCAAGCGGGCUGGGUAGUUCAGAGAACCGGACUAGAGAUCGUUCAAGUGAAGAGCACAGAAGGGCUAUGAAAAAUGUUGUAGAUGGCCAUUUUAGGGCAUUGGUGGCUCAACUUUUGCAAGUUGAUAAUCUUCCAAUUGAUGAAGAGGAUGAUAAAGGAGGUUGGUUGGACAUUAUUACAUCCUUGUCAUGGGAAGCUGCUAGCUUACUGAAGCCAGACACAAGUAAAGGAGGGGGAAUGGAUCCUGGUGGUUAUGUGAAAAUAAAGUGCCUUGCAAGUGGCCAUCGCAGUGAAAGCAUGGUGGUUAAAGGAAUUGUUUGCAAGAAAAACGUUGCGCACCGGCGCAUGACAUCAAAAAUACAAAAUCCUCGUAUUUUUCUCCUUGGUGGGGCACUAGAAUACCAGCGUGUAGCCAAUCUAUUGUCAAGCUUUGACACUUUAUUACAGCAGGAAAUGGAUCAUCUAAAGAUGGCAGUAGCUAAAAUAGAUUCCCAUCAGCCGGAUAUCCUCUUGGUAGAGAAGUCAGUCUCACGCUUUGCACAAGAUUAUUUGUUGGCAAAAGAUAUAUCACUAGUGCUUAAUGUCAAGAGGCCUCUGUUAGAGCGUAUCGCUCGUUGUACUGGUGCACAAAUCGUUCCCUCAAUUGACAAUUUGUCACAGCAAAAGCUGGGUACAUGUGAAUCAUUUCAUGUUGACAAGUUUGUUGAGGAACAUGGAAGUGCUGGACAGGCUGGAAAAAAAUUGCUGAAGACCCUUAUGUUCUUUGAAGGCUGCCCAAAACCAUUGGGAUGUACGGUUCUACUGAAGGGUGCUAAUGGCGAUGAGUUAAAAAAAGUAAAACGUGUAGUUCAGUAUGGGGUUUUCGCUGCUUAUCAUUUGGCUCUGGAGACCUCUUUUCUUGCAGAUGAGGGUGCUACUCUUCCUGAACUACCCCUGAAAUCUCCAAUUACUGUUGCGUUGCCUGAUAAACCAUCAAAUGCUGAUAGGUCCAUUUCCAUGGUACCUGGCUUCAUGGUUCCUGCUGCAAGCAAACCACCUCUAGUAAAUGAGAUCAGCUCCAUGAGAGGCCAAGCACCUGAACAUUUUCCUUUACAAGGUACCAAUUCCAGGAGCAGUUCUAUGGUUUCAGUAUCAUCCUCUUCAUAUAAUGCUGGUUAUUCUCCAUACACUGGAAGCGUUACCAUCAAUCCAUCAAGGUUGUCCAAUCUGAACCAGGUGCAAAAUGUUGAAGGUCCUUCCCACCCUCCUUUGUCUAUUAUUUCACUUCCAGUGGAGUUCUCCAAGUCUUAUGAUGAGUUUAAGCCCCAUUUUAUGUCUGAACAAGAGAAGAAUAAUUUGAACCAUGAAGGGUCUUUCAAGCCAGAAAGUCUUGCAGUGAAUGUUCAAGGUGUAGCUCCACUUGGAUCUCCAGUUUGCUCUUGUGACUUUAUGAAUGCUUUGGACCGGUGGCAUGCGACAGAAGGUGAAAUGGGUGGGCCAUAUGUUGCUGACAGGCAACUGCUUAGUCCCGGUCAAGUUCCAAGUUAUCAGGAGAAUAGUUUCCAUGACGAGCAUACUCCACUGAAGGAAGAGUUUCCACCUUCUCCAUCUGACCAUCAGAGCAUUUUGGUGUCUCUAUCUACUCGUUGUGUGUGGAAAGGAACUGUUUGUGAUCGUGCACAUCUGCUUCGCAUUAAAUAUUAUGGCAGUUUUGAUAAGCCGUUGGGUCGAUUUUUACGUGAUGACUUGUUUGACCAGGGUUACCGGUGCCAUUCUUGUGAAAUGCCAAGCGAAGCUCAUGUGCACUGUUAUACUCAUCGGCAAGGGAGUCUCACCAUAUCAGUCAAGAAGCUUCCUGAUUUUAUGCUACCUGGUGAGCGGGAAGGAAAGAUCUGGAUGUGGCAUCGAUGUCUAAAAUGCCCAAGGAAUGAGGGAUUUCCGCCUGCUACCAGAAGAGUGGUGAUGUCUGAUGCUGCUUGGGGUUUAUCCUUUGGGAAGUUUUUGGAGCUUAGCUUUUCGAAUCAUGCCGCUGCAAGCAGGGUGGCUAGCUGUGGCCAUUCUCUACAUCGUGACUGUCUUAGAUUCUAUGGAUUUGGAAGAAUGGUUGCUUGCUUCCGCUAUGCAUCAAUUGAUGUCCACUCCGUGUAUUUGCCACCUUCCAAACUUGACUUUGACUACCAGACACAGGAAUGGAUACAGCAAGAAGCAGAUCAGGUAGUAAGCAAGGCAGAGCUUUUCUUUGCUGAAGUUCUUAAUUCUCUUCGUCCGCUUUCUGAUAAGAUCUUAAAUAUUGGAUCACGUCAGAGUGGCAUAAAAGUCAUUGAAUUGAGACGAUGCUUAGGAAAGCUGGAGGAAUUGCUGCAAAAAGAAAAGGGUGAAUUUGAGGAUUCACUGCAAAAGGCACUGUCAAAGGAUUUGCAGAAAGGUCAGCCAGCAGCUGAUCUUCUUGAGAUCAAUCGACUGAGGAGGCAAUUACUUUUCCAUUCAUAUUUGUGGGACAAUCGGUUGCUUUUCUUGGACUCUUUACUCAAGAAGACAGCUGCUUUUUCUGUCAAUAAUUUCACUGAAGGUCUCAGUUGUUCAGCAACCACAACAAAGGAUAAACCCAAUUCUGCUGAUCAGAUGGUUGGAGUAAAUUCUGGACCAAAGCAAAAUGGAAUCCUCACAAGCACUGACUCCAUGGUACUGGAUGCUAAGGUUGAUGAGGUAUGUAAAGGCAACUUACAUGCUGUCAAUAGUGAUGGCGGCCUCACUGGACUUUCUACUUCCCUUGUGUCAAGUAUGCAAGGACAAGAAGGGGCUGAAACACAAAGCAAAGCUGGAGACCCUACCUCUGAGGUGGAUAUUAAAGACCAAAAUGAUCCUCAGGAAUGUACAACAUUUCGAAGAGUUCUUUCAGAGGGGCAUUUCCCAAUUGUGGCCAGUCUGUCAGAUACACUAGAUGCUGCAUGGACUGGUGAGAACCAGCUUUCAGUCUUACUGCCACAGGAACUUGGAGCUGUGGUAUCUGACCCCUUAUCAAUAGAUUCGUCCGGGAAGGCUGCCAAUUCAAGGGCUGAUAAGGUGGAAAUUUUGGCAGCUUCAGGAGAAAAGGUUGAAGAAGGUGCUACUGAUCUCGUCUUGGCCACAUCACCCAAAAACAUCAGUGAACAUGGUGAUGAUUUGGCAAGCUGGUCUGAGGCACCAUUUUCGAAUUUCUACCAGGCCUUCGGAAACAAUGCAAGUUUUGGUGCUUUAAAAGUUGAUAUGAUUGGAGAGUACAACCCAACAUAUCUUUCAUCCUUUCGGGAGUUGGAGCGACAAGGUGGUGCCAGACUACUUCUACCAGUUGGUGUCAAUGACACUGUUGUGCCAGUUUAUGAUGAUGAACCAACAAGUGCGGUUGCAUAUGCUCUUGUCUGUCCUGAUUAUCAUAGUCAGUUAUCUGAUGAGAGAGAGAAAAUUAGAGAAGGUGGCGAUUCUUUGUUUUCUUUGCCUUUUUCUGAUAGUGCCUCUUUCCAUCCUCUUCAAUCACUUGAUGAAGUCUCAAUUGAAUCCCUUAGAAGCUUUGGGUCUUCAGAGGAUGGCAUAUCAACAGGAUCUGGAAGCAAGAACUCUCUGUCUCUAGAUCCUGUUGUAUAUACCAAAGCAAUGCACGUGAAGGUUUCUUUUACUGAUGAAGGUCCUUUGGGAAAAGUGAAAUAUACUGUAACUUGUUAUUAUGCCAAACAGUUUGAUGCACUGAGGCAUAUUUGUUGUCCAACUGAGCUUGAUUUCAUAAGGUCUGUUAGUCGUUGUAAGAAAUGGGGUGCACAGGGUGGUAAGAGCAAUGUUUUUUUUGCAAAAACAUUGGAUGAUCGGUUUAUCAUCAAACAAGUCACUAAGACAGAGUUGGAUUCAUUUAUCAAGUUUGCUCCAGCAUAUUUCAAAUAUCUGUCAGAAGCAAUUGGCACUGGCAGUCCAACAUGUCUGGCAAAGAUCUUAGGGAUUUAUCAGGUUUCAGCGAAGCACUUGAAGGGUGGAAAGGACACAAAGAUGGACUUCAUGAUUAUGGAAAACCUUUUAUUCAGACGGAAAGUUACGAGGUUGUAUGACCUUAAAGGAGCUUCGAGGUCACGCUAUAAUUCUGAUUCAAGUGGAACGAAUAAGGUUCUUCUUGAUCAAAACUUGAUUGAAUCAAUGCCAACUUCUCCAAUUUUUGUUGGAAACAAGGCGAAGCGCCUGCUAGAGAGAGCAGUGUGGAACGAUACUUCUUUUCUUGCUUCAAUUGAUGUAAUGGAUUAUUCGUUGCUGGUGGGAGUAGACGAGGAGAAGCAUGAGCUGGUUGUUGGUAUCAUUGACUAUAUGAGGCAGUACACUUGGGAUAAACACUUGGAAUCAUGGGUAAAGACUUCAGCAAUCUUUGGAGGCACCAAGGACACGUUGCCAACAGUAAUAUCACCUAAACAAUACAAGAAACGUUUUAGGAAAGCCAUGUCUGCAUACUUCUUGAUGGUUCCAGACCAGUGGUCCCCACCUUCCAUCAUUCCUAGUGCAUCUCAAUCCAAUCUGGGUGAGGAAAAUUUGCAGAAUCUCUUGCCUGAUUGAUGCGCGGUGCCACCAUAUCUCCUCUGUAUAUGUAAAUUGUGAGUUGGUAAUGCCUCUACUUGUUCUUGGCUGUAAAAUAUUUUUCAAGUGUUAGGUGUGCUUGUAUUUGUAUCUAGAGCUUGAGUGAUUCAUUAAAGAUGCAGAAGAAGGCCCUUUGCCAUGAAAUUUUCCUCCUAGAUGACCACUUUGGGAGGUUGGCCCAUUAUGAUUGUACAAAUAUUGUUGUCAUCUAUUUAUAGUAUAUUAGAAAAUAUGCUCAUUUUGGCA